AUGGCAGUUGUCGCCGGCCUUGAACUCCUACCUCAAGUUCCUCCAUAUGUCCCCCGAUACGCGAGCUUUUUGUUCUCAUUCCUCGGUCGUGGUGUUUUCUACAUUUUCGUGGGAUGCCUCAUACUGGAAGAUAACGCCUUGCGCAUCGUCGCCGGCUCAAUUGUUGGCUUUAUCGGAUUGGGCUAUGUUGCGCUUGAAUUCAUGCCCUCCAUCGAACCUCCGUCGAACAUGAGAGACGCUGAUGCUGGUUGGGGCGCAGAACAAGUCUAA